GGGCAGGGGGGAGCUGCCGCCCGUUACCGAGGCCGUGACUGCAGAGGUCCGAGCACCCGUGAGCAUCGGUGAGGUCAGGAUAAACGUGAUACCUGUUAACAGAGGACACCUGGAGAUUAAGUGAUCCAACACGUCUCAUCCAUCUCCAGCUGCCAUGAUCCUGGAUCACAGAACAAUACAAUACAUCAAUUCCUCACAAUGACAGAACAAGCAGUUGCUGUUGCUGGAGGUAUAAUAGGAGGGAUCCUUUUAUUUGUUCUCAUUGGAAUAACUGCAUACCUGCUCUGGAAGAAAUUGUGUUGGUUCCAUUCUUAUGAAAAGCUCACCGGUGCUGUCAAAAUGACAAAUGCAAAUGCUAUUUUUCAGGAUCAGCCUGAAAUUCAGCUAAAAAGCACAAGAUCCAGAAGCAUUCCAUUUAUCAUUCCACCAACACUGCAUGAGCAAGACUGGAUUAAUCUGACGAAUGAAGAACACAUUCAGGAAGACAGUGACCCCCACAUGAUUCCUCAGUCUGGGCCCCGGUCAUCAUUUCAUUCUUUGGCUGGAGCUUACGUUGUAGGGACCAUUAACCCAGAGCUGUACAAAUUUCCUGAAGACCAAAGUGAGACAGAUUUUCCUGAAGGGAACAUUGGCCGCCUCUGGUUCUCCAUAGAGUAUGAUCAAGAGUCAGAAAGACUUCUCGUCUCCUUGAUCAAAGUCAGGAAACUGCAGCCUCCUGCUGCUGAUUCCUGUAGUCCGUUUGUGAAGAUCUACCUGCUGCCUGAUGAAAGAAGCUACUUGCAGUCCAAAAUGAAACGCAAAACCCUUAACCCGCAGUUUGAUGAAAACUUUGUUUUUCAGGUUUCCAGUAAAAUGUUGUUCCAACGGACUCUGAAGUUUUUGGUUUAUCAUGUUGAUAAACAGAAGAAACAUCAUCUCCUAGGCCAAGUUAUCUUCCCACUGAAAAAUGAAAUACUAACUGAUGACAACAAGCUAAUCAUAUGGAGAGAUCUGGAGAAGGAAAGCUUGGAGCCUCCUUCAGAGUAUGGUGAUAUCCAGUUCUCCCUCAGCUACAAUGACUACCUAGGCCGUCUCACUGUAGUGGUUCUGAGGGCAAGAGGGUUAAAGUUCCAGGAGGAGAGCCAUGCUAUCAGUGUGUAUGUCAAAGUCUCGCUAAUGAACCAUAAUAAAUUCAUCAAAAGCAAAAAGACAGCAGCUGUCCUGGGAUCUCCCAAUCCAGUGUAUAAUGAAACCUUCAGUUUCAAGGCAGAUCAGACAGAGCUGGAUACAGCAAGCCUAAAUCUAUCUGUGCUCCAGAGUAUCAAGGGUGAAAAAACACAUCUACUAGGACAUGUAGUAGUUGGGCCUUUCAUGUACACCCGUGGCAAAGAACUAGAACACUGGAAUGAAAUGAUCAGCAAGCCCAAGGAGCUGGUUAAGCGAUGGCAUGUUCUUCGCCACAGCACAUAACAGCAUGGAUAAGAAACCCCCAACUAACCUUAAAAUGGAAAAGCUCUCACCAGUAUCUUUCAUAAUCCAAAGGGUACAAAAAUCUUUGACCAUUUUACGCUCUGAAGUAGACAAGAAUAAAACAAGUAAAUUCUUUCCUUGCCCAAAUGCAAAUAGAAGACUUGGUCCCU